AUGUUUGUUUAAUUUAAAUUUGAUUUUCAGGAUGUGCGUUAAGGUAUACACACUUUGCCAUUUUAAUCUGUGCAAACAAACGUUUCAAAUUUACUAAGGGAACAUUUCAUUUCAAGGUCUUCGACGGAAACAUAAUCCUUGUAUAAACUAUCUCAAGCAAGGAUCCACUUAAAAUCGACACUUUCUGUCACUGUUAAGUUACCAAAUCGUGUGUUUACAUAUGGGGUGUCAUGAAGACGGGAGAUAGAGGAAUUAGUUCUCUGUUCGUGAUAAAAUUUCUCUCAGAAGAUAAAAAAGAGAAGGACUACAGUUACACGAAAACCUGCGUGUUGCCAGGUUACCAGAACAGUGAGUGUCUCUCAGGGGCCACAGCCACCACUUCUUCUACUUCGAGGGUCAAGUCGUAACAACCCGACGACGAUGGCACUUGUGCAAGUCUGCCUGGCUCUUCUGAUUAUGGCCUGGUGCUCCACAGUACGAGCAUCACCUCCACACGUUAAUUCGAAAGGAGACGCAGAAAAUUCAACUGCAGCUGAAGUCGAACAUCUGGGCAAUGUGACGGAGAUACAGACGCAUCCUCAGGAGUACGGGGCAGAUGACAGAAACACUAGUUUGAAUGAGACGAAGGGGCCUGACCGUACACUAAUUCCGUUGGAGGACAUUACUACUAGCGUUGAUCAGAAUACGUUAGCCCACAUCUUUAACAUUCAGCUAUCGAUUCCACUUGAUAUAGAUAUCGGUAUUAUCAAUCCUGAUUUCUCACGAAUGAUUCUCAAUGUAGAUUCAAAUAUAGGAUCCAUGGAAAUUGAAGGUGACUACUCACUGCUUACCAAAAACCUUGCCAUGAUUUCGCUUAUUAGCCAAGGACACUUCUACGUCAGUUUACAUAACGUUACAUUAACGGGAAAAAUAGCCCUAGCAUUAACACCCGCUGCUCUCCUACCUUUAGACUCUAAUUUUGUCUACAAGCCGCAAGAAGUAACUGCCCGAGUUAUUCCGAUGACUGAAAUUACUUUACCACAAGACGUGAAUCUAUCAAAGGACAUUGUAGGGGGAGUACUGGCCGAAACCAUCAACAACAAGAUCCGAGAUCAACUCAACUACUAUGUGGAUACGCAGAUAAAUCUAGCUUUAAGUAAGAUAAGUGUUUUUACUGUAGGGCACAAGAAUGUUAAGCCAGUCGCUGAAGAACACUUGACACAAAAUGUGAAGAUCAGUGAUUUGUUCGAUGAAUUGCUGGCAGACGUAAAGGAAGGUAUUCUGGAAAAUCAGGAGGAUGAUAUAGACAUACCCAGUUUCCAUAGGAAUUUCUCCGAAAAAUUAGAAACAAGCAUUGUCAAUGGUACGUUCACGGCGGAGCGAGGCUGGCUUUCAGGGCUCUCGACAAUCAAAAGAUCCUCAAACGUGAGCUUGUCCAAAUCUGGCGAAGAGUUCAUUUUGUCAGCAAUGAUAGAAUUUGACGAUCUACAAAUGGGGUACGACAAAUAUGUCGCAAUGUUUCUCAAAUCGAAAGUAACAGGGGAGUUACACGGUAAUUUCAUGCACAGACAACUGACAAUGAAGGUGGCAAUGGAUCCGAAAGAAGAUGGGACAUGCGUAUCAACACUGAAUGAACUGAGAAACUUCAAGGUCAAUGCUUAUAGGAUUAAGAAAAUUACAAACAUAGGAUCUUUUGACUGGCUACAAACACGAAUAAAUAAUUGGCUGAUAGGGUACUUUCAGACUAAAAUAGUUAAGGAAGUUGAAAAUAUGAUGAGCACUGCUGUACGUAGUUCUUUAAGUCGGUUUGACUGUGGCGAAUAUCUUCCCAGUCUCAAAAUCUUGGCAUAAUUAAAAUAGUGGAUGAGAAAGUCCUCUUAGACCCGUACAGCCUUGUAGUGGAAGAAUUAAGAUAAUGUGAGUAGAUAAUUUUGUUUUAUUGAUGAUGAUAGUGAUCCACUUAGAGUAGACUACACAUGAAACCUCAAAUCGUCUUUGAAAGCCUAAAUAUUUGCUUCUUGUGUGUUGUAACUUUCGUGCCUUAACACGAAAAUAUGUAGCAAUUUAAAGAGGUUGUCAGUCACAAGUAUUUCUGUGAAGGAAGAGAAGAUACAAAAUAUAUUUCUCAUGGUAUCUACAUUUAAUUUGUUUCAUGGGCGGAAAUUAUUUCAAAAUGCUCAUCAAGGUGUACAUUUUCAUUCAUGAAUAGAUAAAUAAUUUAAUAACAAAAUUAUGGUUUCGUAUCUCCUUCACCACAGGUUCUGAAAAUAAGUUAUUGUUGCCCAUUUGUUAAACAAACAAAAUCCCUUGCUGAUUCACUCUCAUUUUGGCUUACCAGUGUCAAAAUGGUUGUUACUACCAACUGCUAAUGGAUCACAAAACGUUUCAGGCAGUGAAAAUAGUCUUUUGAGGCAGAUCGGAAAACUUGUGUGACUUAGUGGACAAACCAAGCGUCUGCUGUACAACCCUGAUUCAACCAAAGCAAGAGACUACAGAAAAUUGGUCCCGCCAUGGGGACCAUUUUUUAUUAUGUUCAUUUGCUUUGAAGAAUCCGAGAUAAAUAUUGACAGAAGUUCUUACAAACAGCCUCUUCUAUAAUGUACUUAUAUUCAAAAUGUUUUACUUAAAAUAAAAAUAAGCUUAAAAUAAAAACAAGCUCAUUUCCA